UCUACGACACGGGAAGCAGGAAGUUCGAUGGUAGAGACAACUUUGCUGCUUGGCUGCAUAGCUAGCGUUUCGUUGAUCAAAACUGUUGUCGGCGAGUCGGAAACCUUGUAUACAUCAUGGGAAAAGGUGGAGGAACCUUUGAGAGGCUUCUUGACAAGGCUACAAGCCAGCUGUUACUGGAAACAGACUGGGAGUCCAUCCUGCAGAUCUGUGACCUCAUCCGCCAAGGAGACACGCAGGCGAAAUACGCAAUUGGUGCCAUUAAGAAGAAGCUAAACGAUAAGAAUCCUCAUGUGGCACUCUAUGCUCUUGAGGUGCUGGAGUCUGUUGUGAAGAACUGUGGGCAGACAGUCCAUGAUGAGGUGGCCAGCAAGCAGACCAUGGAAGAGCUCAAAGAACUUCUUAAGACGGAGCCGAAUGUCAGGAACAAGAUCCUCUACCUGAUCCAGGCGUGGGCCCACGCCUUCCGUAACGAGCCAAAGUACAAGGUGGUCCAGGACACCUACCAGAUAAUGAAAGUGGAGGGUCAUGUGUUCCCUGAGUUCAAGGAGAGCGAUGCCAUGUUCGCGGCUGAGAGAGCCCCGGACUGGGUAGAUGCGGAGGAGUGCCAUCGCUGCAGAGUUCAGUUCGGAGUAAUGACGCGCAAGCACCACUGCAGAGCCUGUGGGCAGAUCUUCUGUGGGAAGUGCUCCUCCAAGUACUCGACAAUCCCCAAGUUUGGCAUCGAGAAGGAAGUGCGAGUGUGUGAGCCCUGCUUCGAGCAGCUCAACAACAGCCACCCCUCCCUCUCUCCCCCUCCUAGGAAGUCCGAGGGCAAGGCCCCCACCGUCGCGCCGUCCGAGCUUCCGCCCGAGUAUCUGACUAGCCCACUCUCCCAGCAGUCCCAGGUCUGGGAUGCGAAUGCUCCGCCACCACAGAUGCCCCCGAAGCGCGACGAGGCCGCCCUGCAGGAGGAGGAGGAGCUGCAGCUGGCCAUCGCCCUGUCCCAGAGUGAGGCCGAGGAGAAGGAGCGCAUGAGGCACAAGGGCUCCUAUGGGGUGUACCCGAAAGCAGAGCCGACCCCCGUGACCUCGUCCGCCCCUCCCGUCAGCACCCUCUACUCCUCUCCAGUGAACUCCUCUGCACCUUCAGCAGAAGAUGUGGAUCCUGAGCUGGCCCGAUACCUCAAUCGGACCUACUGGGAGAAGAAACAGGAAGAGGUGCGCAAAAGCCCCACCCCCUCUGCUCCAGCUCCUGUGCCAUUGGCUGAAGCUCCCAUGCCAAUCAGCCAGCCUGUGGAGACCCACACACCUCAGCCAGUUGUUCAGCCUGUCAACAUUGUGGAGCAGCAGUACCAGAACGGCGAGUCGGAGGAGAACCACGAGCAGUUCCUCAAGGCGCUGCAGAACUCCGUCACCACCUUCCUGAACCGCAUGAAGAGCAACCACAUGCGCGGCCGCAGCAUCACCAACGACAGCGCCGUCCUCUCCCUCUUCCAGUCCAUCAACAACAUGCACCCGCAGCUGCUGGACAUCCUCAACCAACUGGACGAGAAGAGACUAUACUACGAGGGUCUGCAGGACAAGCUGGCCCAGGUGAGGGAUGCGCGCGCGGCGCUCAACGCCCUGCGGGACGAGCACCGGGAGAAGUUGCGGCGCGCCGCCGAGGAGGCCGAGAGGCAGAGGCAGAUCCAGCUGGCCCAGAAACUAGAGAUCAUGCGGCAGAAGAAACAGGAGUACCUGGAGAUGCAGCGUCAGCUGGCCAUCCAGAGGCUGCAGGAGCAGGAGAAGGAGCGGCAGAUGCGUCUGGAGCAGCAGAAGCACACCAUCCAGAUGAGGGCGCAGAUGCCCGCCUUCUCACUGCCCUACGCACAGAUGCAGUCACUGCCCCCUAACGUGGCAGGAGGGGUGGUGUACCAGCCUGCUGGCCCCCCUAGUUACCCCGGCACCUUCAGCCCCGCUGGCUCCGUGGAGGGCUCCCCCAUGCACAACGUCUACAUGGGGCAGCCUGGACAGACCGGAGGCCCCUACCAGGCCAUGCCCCCGACAGAUCCCAACAUGGUGAAUGCCUACAUGUACCAGAAUGCAGGCAACAACGCCCAAGCCCCACCCCCAGGACAGGCUCCGCCCACCACCACCCCUGCCUACUCCAGCUACCAGCCCACCCCGACACAGGGCUACCAGAACGUGGCAUCUCCGGCCCAGUCGGUUCCUCCCAUGUCUCAAGCCGGACCCACUAACGGCAUCGCCUACAUGGGCUACCAGCCCUACAACAUGCAGAACAUGAUGAGCGCUCUGCCAGGACAGGACCCAAACAUGCCCCCACAGCAGCCCUACAUACCUGGACAGCAGCCCAUGUAUCAGCAGAUGGCGCCCCCUGGUGGUCAACAGCAGCAGGUGCAACAGCAGCCUGUUCAGGGCCCCCCAGGCAGUGCAGAGGCUCAGCUCAUCUCCUUUGACUGAUACCGCCCCCCCCUGCUCAUCCUUCAGCCUGUGGGGUCCAACACACUACACCCUCCAACUUCCCUCUUCUCCUUUCCCUAAACCCCUGCGUUCACCCACACCUUUCUCCCAAACACGUGUAGCCCCACCCGAAGCCCUGCACCACCCCAGAGUCCACUCCCUCCCUCCCUCCCUCCCUCCCUCCCUUUUAAGAUGAAGUAGGAGUUGGAAGUAAGAAUGGAAAGUCAUGAGAGGGAAGACCCGCACCUCCAUUCUCUGCCAACUCUCUUUCUCUCUCUCACUCUCUCUCUCUCCUCCUCUGUCCUUACCUAUGUGCGUAGUCUCGUCCUUAUCCGGUGGAUUGCAGAAGCUCAGAAUUAGUCAGUGGUGUAGAAUUUAAAUCAAGUAAGAAACAACAUCAUCAACAACGACAACGACAACAACAAGAAAAAAGAACUGAAGAGAAACAAAAACACAAGACACAACCAACAUCCUUUUGUCUCAUUUUUCUAAAGCAGAUUUGCAUGUGUUCAGUGAUUCUUUUAAGAUGCGAGUGUCUGUGUGUGUCUGUCUGUGUGUGUGUGUGUGCGUGCGUGCGUGCGUGCUUGGAAGAGAGAUAGAUUGAGUGUGUGCAUGCGUGCUGCAGGUGUGUGCCUGGUGGUAUGUGUUGGCCCUUCUCCCCCUCUUAUAGUGCAUUGUUCACUGACGUAGUGAUCUGUUUAAAAACGCUGGUUUAGGGCCUAUAUUGCCAUGAAGGAUGGAUUAAGUGGAAGCUGGCCAGGUUAAACCACCCUCAACACUCUUGAUUGACAGCAACACGGAAGGAACACUCUUAACAGGGCCUCAGCGUUUCCAAGAUGGUACCCCCCCCCCCCCAGGUCUCUCCCAGUUGCAUGCAAAUCGACAUUCCAGUGUUUCCUGUCAUUCUCUAACAAAUCUGCCAUACAGGACCAUCCGCUCACUUGACUGUCCGACUGUUUGCGUGCUCGUUCAGACCUUCAUAUGUGCUUGCUUGUAGAGAUGGGAGGUGGUAGGUGUUGUGUGGGUGUGGUGGGAGAAGCUUCAAACGAGCACAGUAGUUGCGUGAAAAUAUUUACAGCUGGCAUUUUAUCACAUCGUUUGUUCUGAGCUGGCCUGGCAAAGAAUCACGGUCAUUCAUUUCAUUCCAUGACGUACUGCAUACAGUGGUAUGUCACCAGUUGCUCUUCAUCUUCGGUGAAUAAUGUUGGUCGAGGCGAGUAAUUGAUCAUUAGUAACUACAGUGCAACUUGGGGCACCGGGUCAAUUUCACACACACUAAACUCCCGUUACUAUCAGUCAGAGUUGUUGCUGGGAACGUGAGUUGCUGUUGGGAAUUUCUAAAAUGGGUGUGAGGACGAAGGUGUGAAUGUGUGACGAAAUCUUUUCAUUGUGCAUUGCUUUGUCUGCGAACGUGUGUGUGUGUGAGUGUGUGUGUUAGUUUUGGUGAGACUGCAGUGCUGUAGAAUGGUUCUAUAUUGCGCAUGUUUGUAACAUACACCAACCAGUGACUUCUGUAACCCUUUAACGGCAUUUGUGAACUCUCUCUUCUAUCAUACUGAUCUGUCUGACUUCAAGAAUUAAUUGUAAGAUUAUAUUUAAUAAAUAUCUGGUUCUUUUAUUGUCCACA